UGAUGUGGGAAAAAGUCCAUUUUUAUCUUGGUAUUCCGAAUGGGUUGAAAUUGCGCUUUCCGUUUUCCUAGCAAGUAAUGGUAAUUGCCUGGGAAUUCCCAAAUACACUAAAUCUGAAGGGCAACCGUUUUGGAUGGGGUUUCCUAAAGUUAUUUUCUCUGUUCUUUUUAACCUUUGUUUUCAGCUUACAGGUAGCUCUUGACUUGCGACUAAAAUCUCUGCUGCUAAUUAUGGCUGCUGUGAGUUUUGAAGAAUUUUCAGUGCCUCCUGGCUCAGAGCUGGCAUUGCCUCCUCUUUUUGGUGGAAAUAUCCUAGAAAGUGAGUUAGAAACUGAGGUAGAAUUUGCUGAUGGAGGGAUACCAGAAGACGAGGAAGAGGAGGAUAUGUUGCGGCAACAAGAGAUGACUCGACACAAGUGUCAAGUGCUUGCCCGACGAUGCAAGGAGUUAGAACAGGUGAAUGAGAGGAUGUUAAACCGGCUACAUCAGGUCCAGAGAAUAACACUGCGUCUCAAACAGGAAAGAAGGUUUCUCAUGAGAGUUUUGGAUUCCUAUGGUGACGAUUACAGACAAAGCCACCUUGAUAUUGUCUUGGAGGAUGAAGGAAUCCGUAGUGCAGUUGUUGCAACUCCUGGCAACGCAGAGAAUAAGCCCUGUGAGAAAGAACCCCCCAGGUGCCUGCCUGCCCAAGAACCAGAGAACCUUUCCCCUAGUGAAGGCCCUGUCAGCAAGAAGCGGCGACGUCAUCUGCGUGAGGAGAAGGAAGGGAGGAUGCGUCGAGCAGCCCCAACAUUGCUGCCCAUGGAGGAAUUUCCUGUGCAGAUAAAAUCUGAAGAAGAUUUCCAGUGUGAACAGGAUGAUGUUCUCGGCUCUGCCUGGCAGCAAUCCAGUCCCCAGGACAAGUUACUCCAUUACUCAAAGUUUCCCAGCCCUGGUGCCUGUUCUGAUUUUGACUGAGGCUGGCCACUCAUCUAAAGAAAGCAUCAGGGUGCCUGAGAAGAUGAAAAUCCCUUGCAGACAUCUUAGAUCUCAACCAGGAUCUAAGGAACAACAGGAUAUCAACUCCACCUGACUCCUCAACUCUAAUCCAGUGAAAGAUGAUCUGAACUGCUGGGGGUGGAGGAAGUGGUAGAAGUAGUGGUGAUGAAGUUUAAGUAAGAAACAAAAUUUUGGAGUCUGUGUGUAAGGAUAUUCAAAGGAUUAGCUUGAGUCACUGAGCUGAGUCCAUAAUGAACUCAACUUAUGUCCAUAAUCUUUGAAUGGGGAAGCAAGAAUUUGAGCAGAAACAUUUGUAUCCUUUCAAGAUUGAGGAAGGGCCGUUUUGAGAGGUCAGGGUUCAGCCUUUCCACAUUUGCCCUUCUGAUAUCUGACUUUGUAAUUCUGGUGGGUAUGGGAAAGGGGACAAGUGAUUCUUGUGCAUUAGAAAGUGCACAGAAACAGCUAUUGCUGCAUUUUACCAUGGUGGUUUCUGUGGAUGUUCUUGGUUGGAAAACCUUGUACUGAAGGAAGGCGGAGUUCUUUUAAUAUUUCUUCAAGGUUUUUCACAGUGUCUUGAUUUAUGGUAUCAUAAAAUCCAGCAUGAUUAAAAGGCCAAUUGAAGUCUGUAUGAAAGGAAGUAAUUUAUGUGCUGUUGACCUGGGUAUUUAUGAGAAUUGUUUUAUGUGUCAGUUUAAGAACUUAGCAUGUCUUUGCCAGUCCAGAAGAGAGCAUGAAUUAGCACCCUUUCCUGUAGUUUCCUCCUCAAGGAAACAUCCAAAGAGUUUCAAGAUUUUCCUGCUAGCCAUAAGGACCAGGAACUCCUCCACCGCCAAAUAUACCCUCAAGUUAGGAAUGAUAAUAUUUAAACAAGCCACACUUGUAGUCUAAUUGCAUUUUUGGAUUUAGAAGAGUUACAGAAAUACAACUGAGCAACGUUCAAGCUUAUAGCUUCUACUUUGUGGCAAGAUUUGAAUGAUACAUUAAACCAAUCAAAUGUGACUGUGUGCUUAUUCUUAUUAACAGUGCAUCUUAUGGUGUGUGUCCUUUAACAAAGAUCUAAGAUGUAAGGAAGCUGGUUUGGUGUAGUGAUUAAGGCAACAGGCUGGAAAUCGGGAGACCAUGU